AUGUCUGCUGUGCGCAGGAAGUUUGGGGACGAGUACCAGGCAGUGGGCCUGGCUCUCAGUGGCACCCGCAGAGAUCGGCAGCGCUUUGUGGACAAGAAUGGGCGCUGCAACGUCCAACACGGGAACCCAGUUGCCUGGCUGGUCAUGGCCUCAAUGUGGUGGGGCAUCGCCUACCUGCGAGGUGACCUGCACCGGGUACAUGAUGAUACCUACGGUCCAUGUGUGGCCAAUGUGUACAACUUUCCCUCCGCCUUCCUCUUCUUCAUAGAGACUGAGGCCACCAUUGGCUAUGGGCACCGCUACAUCACCGAGCGCUGCCCUGAGGGCAUCGUGCUCUUCCUCUUCCAGUCGCUGCUGGGCUCCAUCGUUGAUGCGUUCCUCAUCGGCUGCAUGUUCAUCAAGAUGUCCCAGCCCAAGAAGCGAGCUGAGACCCUCAUGUUCAGCCGUGCUGCAGUUGUCUCACAGCGGGACGGCAAGCUCUGCCUCAUGUUCCGUGUCGGCAACCUCCGCAACAGCCACAUGGUGUCUGCCCAGAUCCGCUGCAAGCUGAUCAAGUCCCGACAGACACCGGAGGGAGAAUUUCUGCCGCUAGACCAGUGUGAAUUGGAUGUUGGAUUUGGAACUGGAGCUGACCAGCUGUUUUUAGUUUCCCCAUUAACCAUCUGUCAUGAAAUUAAUUCAAAGAGCCCCUUUUUUUGUCUCUCACAAAGAUCACUAAGAAGCGAGCAAUUUGAAAUAGUUGUCAUCCUCGAAGGAAUCGUUGAGACUACCGGAAUGACAUGCCAAGCUAGGACCUCAUACACAGAAGAUGAAGUUCUUUGGGGUCACAGAUUCCUCCCAGUAAUGUCCCUAGAAGAUGGCUUUUUCCGUGUCGAUUAUUCUCAGUUUCAUGCUACGUUUGAAGUCCCCACUCCUCCUUACAGUGUGAAAGAGCAAGAAGAAAACCUGUCCCUAUCAUCUCCUUUGAAUAGUCCUGUCAAUAAUAACAAAACCAGAAGAGAACAGGCUUGUUCACUUGACUGUAUUGAUAUUGCAGGAGAGAAAAGAAAGCUCCCUUUUAAACUUCAGAAGAUUAGCUUGAGAAAGGAAGACCUUCCAAGAAGAGCCCUGAGAAUGAGUUCCAGUAACACAGAGACAACCUGCAGUACCGGAGAUCUCUUGAAAAUUCAAGAUACAAGUCCCAUCUCUGGUAGUGAAGACAGUGAUGACAGGAUACAGCUGAAAGCCUUAAAAAUAAAUGCUGGGGCUUUGACUCAGUCUAUCAGUGAUCUCGAGUUACAGAAGAACCUUCCAAGUAAGUGCACUCUAGAGAUGAAAUUGGAAGACAAUUUUCCUGCCAAAUUUUGA